UACUUAUCUGCCUGUCAUAAACCAUAAAAUCAAAAAAUUCCGUGUCGACUGGCCUUUAAUUGUGACCUGAAGAGCGACUACAAAAUCAGUUUUUGCGCCAUUGCAACCCCAAUUUUUUUUCAAAAAUUUCCAGGAUAUACAGGGCGAAAUGAAAAAACUUCACCUUCAGACUGCUGUCAUUUCCAAGCCACUCGUCCGACAUAUGUUAAAAUUAUUCCAGUGGCAGCUCAUUGUACACUGAGGGAAAAAUCCCGUUGCGAAAUCAAGCACGUAUGUUGUCAUUUUCGCAACGACCCGUUGUUAUAUUUUUCAACAACGGCUGUUGGUGAAUUGUGCACGAACGUGCUCAAAUUGACACCGAGACGUGGUCAACUUUCGGUACCAACAACAGCCGUGCUUAAUUUGUCCACCGAUGUGCUCAAAAUGACAACUUUGCGUUUUUAAUAUUGGUAAUUGCAGCCGAUUACACACGAGUAAAAAAUGACAACGGUGGUGCAUGAUUCACACACUGUCGUUGUCAAUAUGACACCGGUCGUGUAUGAAUUAUGCACCACCACCUGCAUAAUGAUGCACCACCGUUGUUACUUUGUACACCGACGUGCAUGAAUCGUACACGAUCGUUGCCAUUUUAGCAACUACCGUGUAUGAAUCAUGCACCACCGUUGUCAUUUUUUUACUCGUGUGCAAUCGGCUGCAUAUUUACCAUUUUUUCCGUGUUAUUGAAAGAGAAAGGACGCAUUGUGCAAAAAAUUUAUUGAAAAUGAAUAAUAAUUCGCAAGAUCCUCAAAAUAUCAUUGGUGAGUUGUUAGAAAUCGAUGGCAAUAUUGUUGUGGUUCGCGAUACAAACCAUUGCAGCAGUCAAGAUGCGGAAAACAAUGAGGACGAUUAUAUGUUAAGGGAGUUCUUAAAAGGAAUAAAUAUGGAGUCGCUUUUUGAACAAUUAAAAGCAUCACAUGUAACAUUUCGCAGUUUGCAGUACUUGAAAAAAGAAGAUUUAAAGGAAGCAGUGCCACCAUUGGGACUGCGAGUUGAAUUCAGAGAAAAGCUCUUUGCUUGGAAAAAACGAAAGCUCGGGAUUGAUGACGAAACUAUGUCAGUUCCAUCUAAAAUAGGUGAAUGGUGGAAACGCAACGAGACACCUGCAAGUACUCCUGGUACUCCCGACACUACAGGUUCGAACUGCUCAAAAGCCAAAGGAAUUUUGUCAGAGGAUCUAACGGAAUUGUUAACACAUACCUCGAAGGGGAAACUGGCGCUUGAAUGUAGUAGCGUUAAUAAGAAAUUAAGUGACGAGCAAAGAGAUGAUAUAAUUAAUAUAAUUAUUGAAGAUAUUUUAACCAACAAUGUUACUCUUUACACUCAAGACUAUAUGCGCAUAUUGGAUGAAAUUUGUUCCGUUUUUCCUCUUGAAAACGAAAUGAGGGAUUAUUAUUACAUUUCAAGAAAAGGAAAGAACAACGCAAGCGGAAAACUUUAUGCCAAGUAUAGAAACAAGAAGUCCAAAAGAAUAAAGCUUUUGAUUUCCGAGCCUAGCACAAGCAAAGCAGCAACUCACACAUCUCCUAAUUUUUGUAACAAAGAUGUUCCAGAAAUUGAUGAAUCAGUUGAAAAUUCAUUGAAAGCUUCCUUACUAAGAGAAUGUAAUGAUUGGGGAUCGAUCUGCGAAAAUGGAAAAGAUCUUUUAACAUACGGCAAAGAGAUAUAAAAAAUUUAAGUAGCCAUACAUUUCUCCUAGAAUGGCCGAAGUUGUCCGAUGCAAGAGCUUCAGAAUUGGUA